CCGCCUCGUUCACUCCCUUGUCCCCUUCUAGUACACUGUACCGUCGACUGUCAGCGAUAGGUGUUCUGUGGCAAACUUGGUUCGAAAUGGGGGUGAUAUUUGUGCGACUCUUGUGAAGGGCAUUCCACUCUUGCAGAACAACACGUUGCACGGACAAAAGUUUGAAGAAAAUUGGUACUUUUGUUGGGUGUGCUGCAGGACAUAGCUUGUCAUGCCUUGGACAGGCGGCGAGAGCGCGGCGUCGACGGAUGAAGAUAAUUUCUGGGUUGAGGAAGAAUACGUUCCACCACCACAAACAGUCUAUAACUCUAGGCCCUCCUACAACCAUGACAGACGAUCUGGCAGGAGCCAAACUUGCCGUGAAGGCUGCCGUCAGUUAUCAAGUGGCAUGAACAACUGGAGGCAAGGUCCUGAUAAAGAUACUGAGCUCAUGGUUGUUCCUGCAAAAGAAAUCGGCAGGAUCAUUGGAAAAGGUGGCUCUAAAAUCCGCGAGCUUCAAGAUGCCAGUGGUGCACGGAUAAAAGUUUUGAGAGAUGAAGAGGAGGCCUACGGUAGCUCAAACGAGGCUAAGAUUGAGCUUGCAGGCACUGCUGAAGUUCGUCGAAAAGCACAGCAACUCAUCGAGGAUCUCAUCUAUCCGCAAGGAACAGGAACACGCUUUAGCAAGAGAGAAGAGGGGCCGAACAAAGAGGAUCAGCUGCCUUUCAUUGACUGGGCAAAGCUAAUUGCAGAAAGUGAUCAACAGCGGGAAGAGCGGUGGGCCUCCCUUCCACCAAUUGUAAAGAAGUUCUACAUUGAAGAUCCAGAAGUCGCACGCAUGUCUGUCAAGGAUGUUGAAACUUUCAGGUUGGCCAACAACAACAUAGUUAUCAAUUACUUGGGCCCCGAAGAGCAACUUCCCGAUGACAUUGCAAGCAACCCUGUAAUAACCUUCGAACAGGCGUUUUCCAACUAUCCGGAAAUCUUGAAUGAAAUCCACAAGAACCUGUUUCUGAAGCCAUCUCCGAUUCAGAGUCAAGCCUGGCCCAUUCUGCUUCAAGGUCAAGACCUUAUUGGUAUUGCACAAACAGGCACUGGAAAAACUCUGGCUUUUCUUUUGCCAGCCAUGAUCCACAUUGACAGCCAGCCUGUCCCAAGAGAGGAGAGGACGGGGCCAUCUUGUCUGGUUCUGGCUCCAACACGUGAACUGGCUCAGCAGAUUGAACGCGAGGCGAGGAAGUACAACUAUCGGGGCAUUAGAUGCGUAUGCAUCUAUGGAGGUGGCAGUCGACGAGAGCAGAUCCAGACCGUCAACCUUGGUGUGGAGAUAGUCAUUGCAACCCCUGGUCGCCUCAAUGACCUUGUCAUGAACAACGUCAUCGACCUCAAAUAUGUGACAUUUUUGAUCUUGGAUGAAGCGGACCGCAUGCUGGACAUGGGCUUUGAACCACAGAUCAAGAAGGUGCUACUGGACAUUCGGCCAGACCGACAGACAGUUAUGACUAGUGCCACAUGGCCAGAGGGUGUGCGCCGGCUCGCGCAACAGUACAUGAAUAAGCCUUUCCAAGUUUUCGUUGGCUCCCUCGAUCUGGCUGCCGUGCACACAGUGACCCAGACUGUAGUCAUCUGUGAUGAGAAUGAGAAGUUUCAAGAGCUUCUCGGUUUUCUGGAGUCCAUGCAGCCCGAUGACAAAGUGAUUGUUUUUGCAGACAAGAAGGUCAUGGUGGAUCACCUGUCGAGUGAGUUUGCUUUGUCUGGGGUCAACUGUCAAUCUAUUCAUGGAGACAGGGACCAGUGCGAUCGUGAGCAAGCACUUGAAGAUCUUAGGAGUGGGGCAGUGCGAAUUCUAAUUGCCACCGAUGUUGCCGCCCGAGGUUUGGACAUCAAAGAUGUAACGCACAUCUUCAAUUAUGAUUUUCCCCGAAAUAUAGAAGAAUAUGUCCAUCGAGUUGGCCGGACAGGUCGAGCUGGGCGUCGUGGUGAGUCGAUCACGUUAGUAACUCGUGAAAACUGGAGACACGCUCGUGAGCUGAUCAGUAUAUUGGAAGAAGCUAACCAAGACGUUCCGCAUGGUCUCUAUGCAAUGGCUGACCGUUUUGAUGCCUGGAAAAAACGACGUGACGAGGAGAAUCGUUCCUUUGGAUCGGACCGAGGUGGUAGUCGAGGUCGGUAUAAUCGAUCUCGAUGGUAAGAAGACACUAAUGAUGAACGUAUGCAAUGUUUAUCUCAAACACAAGAUGUUUGAGAUCAGUCAAAACAGCUUCCUUGGAUUCUGUACUUACAGGUUUUCUAUAUAUGCUAACAUCUUUCAUUUUCCUUGUAUAAGUUGUUUCUAGUUGCAUUAAAGGCAUCAGAACAUUGAGGAUGCAA